GGGGCGACGAGCCGCAUGGAGGCCGGCUGAGGAGCGCCGCCCUGCUUCGGAGGGAGCCCCGGCCUUGGGGCCAGCGGUCAGCCUUGCAGGACGGCGGUGAUGCUGCGGUGUCUGAGGCUGCUGGGCAAAACUGCCAAGAGGGGGCCGGGCAUGGUGGACAGACAGGCCCCUACACAGUGCCCUGCGGUGGAGGGGCUUCAGCAGCAGGCUGUUUUCUCAGUUCUGGAGGCGGAACGUUCAAGAUCAGGUGCUGGCUGACUUGACCGCUGGCUUCACCCUCUGGUGCCGGGAGCUGCCGCCCAGCCAUGGAGGCGCAGGAAGAGCAACCACCUCGCGAGGCUGACACGGAGCCCGUCGUGACCUCAGGGAUUCCGGAGGUGGUGCCCAGGGCACUUCGCGGAGACCCGCAGAGCCUGUCCGAUGUGGAUGCUUUCAACCUGCUGCUGGAGAUGAAGCUGAAGAGGCGGCGAGAGCGGCCCGACCUGCCACGCACGGUGACCGAGCUGGUGGCCGAGGAUGGCAGCCGGGUGUACGUGGUGGGCACAGCUCACUUCAGCGACGACAGCAAGAAGGACGUGGUGAAGACCAUCCGGGAGGUGCAGCCCGACGUGGUGGUGGUGGAGCUGUGCCAGUACCGCGUGUCCAUGCUGAAGAUGGACGAGCGCACGCUGCUGCGGGAGGCCCGGGAGGUCAGCCUGGAGAAGCUGCAGCAGGCCGUGAGGCAGAACGGGGUCAUGUCCGGGCUCAUGCAGAUGCUGCUGCUGAAGGUGUCGGCCCACAUCACGGAGCAGCUGGGCAUGGCCCCGGGCGGCGAGUUCAGGGAGGCGUUCAAGGAGGCCAGCAAGGUGCCUUUCUGCAAGUUCCACCUGGGCGACCGGCCCAUCCCCGUCACCUUCAAGAGGGCCAUCGCGGCGCUGUCCUUCUGGCAGAAGGUCAAGCUGGCCUGGGGCCUGUGCUUCCUGUCGGACCCCAUCAGCAAGGACGACGUGGAGCGCUGCAAGCAGAAGGACCUGCUGGAGCAGAUGAUGGCGGAGAUGAUCGGCGAGUUCCCCGACCUGCACCGCACCAUCGUGUCCGAGCGCGACGUCUACCUGACCUACAUGCUGAGGCAGGCGGCCCGCCGCCUGGAGCUGCCGCGCGCCUCUGACGCGGAGCCCAGGAAGUGCGUGCCCUCCGUGGUGGUGGGCGUCGUGGGCAUGGGCCACGUCCCCGGCAUCGAGAAGAACUGGACCACCGACCUCAACAUCCAGGAGAUCAUGACCGUCCCCCCGCCGUCCGUCUCCGGCAGAGUGGCCCGGCUGGCCCUGAAGGCCACCUUCCUGGGCCUCCUGGGCUACAGCCUGUACUGGAUGGGGCGCCGCGCCGCCAGCCUGGUCCUGGCCCUGCCCGCCGCCCAGCACUGCCUGCAGAGGGCGGCCGGGGCCUGGCCGCCCAAGUAGGAAGGACGGAGGGAGCCGCCGCGUCCGAGGGCUGCUGAGGGGUGCGGGGCCGCCGCCGAGGAGCUCCUGGGGGCCGUCCCCAGGGGGGUCCAGGCCCGCCUGCCCUCCCCCCGAGCCCAAAUAAAGAAUCAUUGAACCGUCUGAGCUCAGGCCUCACAGCAGCCCCUCCGCCCCGCCCUGCAGGCCUUUAGGAGGUUCGCGGGCAGCAGGUCAAGCCGGCGGGGGCUCCCCUCGGGCCUCCCUCCCUCACUGUGCCUUCUCUCCGCCGGGCGGGGGGCCCUUGCCCUGGGUGCUGGGCCGGCGCUGGGAAGGGCAGCCCGGCCCACGAGGCCCUUGGUGGGGCUCCCGGGGGCGUCCCCCCCCACAAAGGGCAGCUUGGCCGAGCUUGGCGGCCCCGGACUUUGCCAGCAAGGGCUCUGCCUGCAGAGAUUAUGUGUUUUUGGCUGUUAAAGAUGUCUGAACCUUUUUUACUCAGGUAAUUUUAACUUAAACUGAAGCAAAUGUCAGGAAACACUAGCCUUAAAUCCAGUCGGGACAGGGAGUCUCAUCCCGAGAAGGGGGGGAAGGGGCGCGUGGGGAGGGUCGGCUUCGGCGCUGGGAAGCCAGGCCAGCCUCCAGAUGCAGCCCUGCCCGCUGCCCCUGGCCGCCUGCCGCCAGCAGGGCUCCAGGGCUGCCGCCGGCUCAGCUGUGAGCUUGCGGGCCGGGACCUCGAACCUGCGCCUUGUGCAUCUGGAGGAGGUCCUGGGAUCCCACCGACCCUCGGGAUAGAAGCGAGGGCCCGCCAGCUGGCACGGGAACCCCCUUGGGGUGGGAGACAGGCCCGGGGCCAAGCUGACCCCGUGCAGCCCCUGCGCCUGGUCGUCACCCGUCUGCGAAGUCCCUUGGUCACCUGUUUACAGCGUAGCAUCUGUGCACCCCGUCUGGGGCCCAGGGCCACGUUUGAUGGUGUUUGUGUUGACUCCAUGUCUGACUAAAUCAGGUGAAACCCACGGCCGUGAGCUGGGCCGAGGAGCCUCGAGCUGGGCCGUGUCCUUCCUGUCAUCCACCCACGUGUACGUGUCCCUCAGAGCUGAAAUAAAAUCUAAUUUUGGAAGCCUGU